CUCGCUCCUGCGCCCCGGCCCCGCCGCCCGCGCCGGGGCGGUCUCCCGCAGAGGAAGGCGCCGCAGUCUCCGGGCCUCGCAGCCCCACUCGAGCGUCCUCAGCACCGAGGACUCGCGGGUCCUGAGGGGAAGAGGCGAGCCAGGGGCCGGUCACUGAGCUCUUUGGCGCCCCCACCCCCGUUUUCGGAGCCCUCCACGCUGCGGCCGCUGUCCCCUCCGGACCAUGGCCGACGACGACGUGCUGUUCGAGGAUGUGUACGAGCUCUGCGAGGUGAUCGGCAAGGGUCCCUUCAGUGUUGUACGACGAUGUAUCAACAGAGAAACUGGGCAGCAAUUUGCUGUAAAAAUUGUUGAUGUAGCCAAGUUCACAUCAAGUCCAGGGUUAAGUACAGAAGGUAAGAGAUGGAUUUCAAAUCUAAAGCGGGAAGCCAGUAUCUGUCAUAUGCUGAAACACCCCCAUAUUGUCGAGUUAUUGGAGACAUAUAGCUCAGAUGGAAUGCUUUACAUGGUUUUUGAAUUUAUGGAUGGAGCAGACCUGUGUUUUGAAAUCGUAAAACGAGCUGACGCUGGUUUUGUAUACAGUGAAGCUGUUGCCAGUCAUUACAUGAGACAGAUACUGGAAGCUCUACGCUAUUGUCAUGAUAAUAACAUAAUUCACAGGGAUGUGAAGCCCCACUGUGUUCUCCUGGCCUCAAAGGAAAACUCGGCACCUGUUAAACUUGGGGGCUUUGGGGUAGCUAUUCAAUUAGGGGAGUCUGGACUUGUAGCUGGAGGACGCGUUGGAACACCUCAUUUUAUGGCCCCAGAAGUCGUCAAAAGAGAGCCUUAUGGAAAACCUGUAGAUGUCUGGGGUUGUGGCGUGAUCCUUUUUAUCCUGCUAAGUGGUUGCUUGCCUUUUUAUGGAACCAAGGAAAGAUUGUUCGAAGGCAUUAUUAAAGGAAAAUAUAAGAUGAAUCCAAGGCAGUGGAGCCAUAUCUCUGAAAGUGCCAAAGACCUAGUCCGUCGCAUGCUGAUGCUCGAUCCAGCGGAAAGGAUCACUGUUUAUGAAGCACUGAAUCACCCAUGGCUUAAGGAACGGGAUCGUUAUGCCUACAAGAUUCAUCUUCCAGAAACAGUAGAGCAACUGAGGAAAUUCAAUGCAAGGAGGAAACUAAAGGGUGCAGUACUAGCAGCUGUGUCAAGUCACAAAUUCAACUCCUUCUACGGGGAUCCUCCUGAAGAGUUGCCAGAUUUUUCCGAAGACCCUACCUCCUCAGGACUCCUAGCAGCAGAAAGAGCAGUCUCACAGGUACUGGACAGCCUGGAAGAAAUUCACGCACUUACAGACUGCAGUGAAAAGGACUUAGAUUUUCUACACAGUGUUUUCCAGGAUCAGCAUCUCCACACACUACUAGAUCUGUAUGACAAAAUUAACACAAAAUCUUCACCACAAAUCAGGAAUCCUCCAAGUGAUGCAGUACAGAGAGCCAAAGAGGUAUUGGAAGAAAUUUCAUGUUACCCUGAGAAUAAUGAUGCAAAGGAACUAAAGCGUAUUUUAACACAACCUCAUUUCAUGGCCUUACUUCAGACUCACGAUGUAGUGGCUCAUGAAGUUUACAGUGAUGAAGCAUUGAGGGUCACUCCUCCCCCCACCUCGCCCUAUUUAAAUGGGGAUUCUCCAGAAAGCGCCAACGGAGAUAUGGAUAUGGAGAAUGUGACCAGAGUUCGCCUGGUCCAGUUCCAAAAGAACACAGAUGAGCCCAUGGGAAUCACUUUAAAAAUGAAUGAGCUCAAUCAUUGUAUUGUCGCAAGAAUUAUGCACGGGGGCAUGAUUCACAGGCAAGGUACACUUCACGUCGGUGAUGAAAUUCGAGAAAUUAACGGCAUCAGUGUGGCUAACCAAACAGUGGAACAGCUGCAGAAAAUGCUCCGGGAAAUGCGGGGGAGUAUCACCUUCAAGAUAGUGCCAAGUUACCGCACUCAGUCAUCGUCCUGUGAGAGAGAUUCCCCCUCCACUUCCAGGCAGUCCCCAGCUAAUGGUCAUAGCAGCACUAACAAUUCUGUUUCGGACUUGCCAUCAACUACCCAACCAAAAGGACGACAGAUCUAUGUAAGAGCACAAUUUGAAUACGAUCCAGCAAAGGAUGACCUCAUCCCCUGCAAAGAAGCUGGCAUUCGAUUCAGAGUUGGUGACAUUAUCCAGAUUAUUAGUAAGGACGAUCACAACUGGUGGCAGGGUAAACUGGAAAACUCCAAAAAUGGAACCGCGGGUCUCAUUCCUUCUCCUGAACUUCAGGAAUGGCGAGUCGCUUGCAUCGCCAUGGAGAAAACCAAACAGGAGCAGCAGGCCAGCUGUACUUGGUUUGGCAAGAAGAAGAAGCAGUACAAAGAUAAAUACUUGGCAAAGCACAAUGCAGUGUUUGAUCAAUUAGAUCUUGUUACAUAUGAAGAAGUAGUAAAACUGCCAGCAUUCAAAAGGAAAACACUAGUCUUAUUAGGUGCGCACGGUGUUGGGAGAAGACACAUAAAAAACACCCUCAUCACAAAGCACCCAGAUCGGUUUGCAUACCCUAUUCCACACACAACCAGACCUCCAAAGAAAGAUGAAGAAAAUGGAAAGAAUUACUACUUUGUAUCUCAUGACCAAAUGAUGCAAGACAUCUCGAAUAACGAGUACCUGGAAUAUGGCAGCCACGAGGAUGCGAUGUAUGGGACAAAACUGGAGACCAUCCGGAAGAUCCAUGAGCAGGGGCUGAUCGCCAUCCUGGACGUGGAGCCACAGGCGCUGAAGGUCCUGAGAACCGCCGAGUUCGCGCCUUUCGUUGUUUUCAUCGCCGCGCCCACCAUCACUCCGGGGCUAAAUGAGGAUGAGUCUCUCCAGCGUCUGCAGAAGGAGUCCGAUAUCCUACAGAGAACAUACGCGCACUACUUCGAUCUCACAAUUAUCAACAAUGAAAUUGAUGAGACAAUCAGACAUCUGGAGGAAGCCGUCGAGCUAGUGUGCACAGCCCCGCAAUGGGUCCCGGUCUCCUGGGUCUAUUAGGCCUCUCCCCAGAUAUCUGACGCCUGCCCGGGAGCCACCUCAUCCGUGGAAAAGCCUCUUUGUUAUCGGCCUUGUGUCAGCAGGUCAUGGUCCCUAGAGACUACCUAGUUGUAGUGUGACCUCCAUUUAUAAUUAUUGUCAUGUCCAAAUAGAUAGGAGGAGAAAACAAUUACACACUAAUUUAAAGAGACAGUAUCUUUUUUAAUCAGUUCUCCUAAACUUUAAUAAAAUGUAUCUUUAAAUGUAUGUAUUAUUCAAUCCUUUGGAAUGUUAUAUUUUUGGAAAUCAUAGCUUUUUAUUUCCAAGACCCCUAAAAACUGCACAAAAUAGAUGCUGCUUUCUAUAAUCUAUUUUAAUAAUAAACAAUGAUUCUGUUACCUUGACUGGGGGUGGAACACUACAUUCUUUUUAGAGUCUGAUUUUAUGGAUUGGAAUCUUUCUUUCCUUUAUUUAUUUGAAAUAAUCAGUCUAGUGAUUACAAAACAGUCAUAAAUUUUUAAAGGCCUUUUUUCUUUUUUUUUUUUAGACUAGUAUUUUUUUUUAAGUCCUUUAUGUAACAUCCAGAUAAUGUGAUACUGUCUCUUUGAAGCACCCUGUAAACCUUUUAGAGAUUUGAAGUUGGGUCUUGACUCUUAAUGCAUGUGGACAGUCGCGAGCGUUUAUGCUGUCGGUGUGUCUGUGUUGGACAAAACAAUCUGUAAUCUACAGCAAAGUACAUUCCGUUCACGGGGCACACCCAGGGGAAUAAGAAUAAAAUGCUAUUAUGACUAAGUUGUAAACCUAUGCACAUCCCUUGCAUUUCGGGCAACUUUAUAAAGAAAACUGAUUUUUAUUAUUAAUAAUCAUGUAGUGAAAUGUGUUUGUAAUUUUGUCUCAAUUUAAUUUGUUGUAAGGUGGGAGGGGAAGUUGCUGGUUUCACCAUUUCAGAUCUGUGUUGUCUGAGAGUAUUAACGUUUUAAUUAAGCAAAGAAAUGAGGAUUUUUAAUAUGUAUGUAAUUGUUUUAAAGCACCCAUUUUAAGAGAAUAUACUGUGCAAUGAAGAAACCAGUUUAGGCAUUUGCUAUAAACUGAAUUAUUCCAAAAGAAGAUAACAGCCCUGUAAAUUCCUUUAAAAUGAUAACUAACAGGACAGUUUGACCAAUUUUUUUUUAAAUAUACUUCCUUUUAUGUGUUCAAUAA